UCACCAUAAAAGUCUCUCCUAUGGUGGACCACAGCCCGGGAUGGUUUAGCACAAUGAAGGUGCUAACCUCAGCUUUGCUUCUAGUCAUCCUGCAGGGUGUCCACGCCCUGAGUCCCACCAACUGUAAUGCUUCCGAGUCUACGGCUGAGAAAGUUCUAGACCUGAUCAAUAAAGGGCGGAGGAAUGGCUAUGCUUUCCAGCUGCUGAGAGUCUCUGACGCUCACUUGGAUGAAGUGGGAGCCGCCACUGUCUACUACUUCGUCCUAAAUGUGAAAGAAUCUGAUUGUUGGGUCCUGUCCACAAAACCCCAGGAUGACUGUCUUCCGAAUAGAUGGCCAUCUGAAUUAGUGAUUGGACAAUGUAAGGUAAUAGCCACAAGAUACUCGAACGAGUCUCAGGAUCUCAGAGUGAAUGGCUACAACUGCACCACAAGUUCAGUCUCUUCAGCACUGAGCAACACCAAAGACAGUCCCGUACUCUUCGAUUUUUUUGAGGAUUCUGAGCUCUACAGAAAACAAGCCAAUAAAGCCCUCAACAAGUACAAAAGGGAGAAUGAUGACUUUGCCUCUUUCAGAGUGGAACGGGUAGAGAGAGUUAUAAGAGCGAGAGGAGGGGAAAGGACCAAUUACUACGUGGAAUUCUCUGCCAGGAACUGUUCCACACAGCAUUUCCCCAGGUACCCUCCAGUCUCUGGAUUCUGCAGAGCAGUUUUGUCCUACAGUGUAGAAGCAGCGGACUUGGAAACCCCAGAAAACACUGACAUAACCUGUGAAGUCUUCAACUUUGAGGAUCAUCAAAACAUGAGUGUCCAUCCUUCCCAUGGACAUCACCCCCACGGACACCACCCCCACAGACACCAUAUUCACAGGGACCACCCCCAUGGACACCACCCCCAUGGAGACCAUCCCCAUGGACACCGUCCCCCUGGACACCAUCCCCAUGGACACCGUCCCCCUGGACACCACCCCCAUGGAGACCAUCCCCAUGGAGACCAUCCCCCUGGACACCGUCCCCAUGGACACCACCCUCACGGACAUGAGUUCCAUAAUUAUGGACCCUGUGACCCACCUUCCAAUAGCCAAGGUCAGAGUCAGCGGGGCUUUGGCCCACCACAUGGCCACUCAAGAGAAACAGGUCCAGGUAAAGGACCCUUUCCUUUCCACCAACGAGAAAUCGGAUAUAUCUACCGACUCCCUCCACUAAAUAUAGGUGAAGUUCUCGCCCUUCCUGAAGCCAAUUUCCCCAGCUUCUCGUUGCCAAAUUGCAACAAUCCCCUACAGCCAAAGAUUCAGUCCUUCCCCCAGACAGCCUCAGAGUCAUGUCCUGGGAAAUUCAAGAUGGAGUUCCCGCAGAUUUACAAGUUUUUUGCAUAUGUGCCUCCAAAAUAAAACCUGAUUCCUUGGUGGGAAGAGAACAGUGUUCUGGAUAAAUAAAAUGUGAAAGAAAUGGAAA